CUGCAGUACAUCAACAGGUGAGAGAGACGGCGCGCGCUCAGAGGAAACGGAGAGGUGCGAAGGCGAGAGGAUGGAAGACGUGUGUGUUUCAGGUGUUUGCUGAGUCCCGUGCUGCAGAGCGCUCUGCUGUCCCUGCGGUCCUCAAUGAAGAUCCAGGAAGCUCCGCCCGUCAUCGGUGCAUCCUCCCCUCCUCAUCAGGACCAGUCCUCCCCCAUCCUCCCCUCUCCCUGAGGUCACCUCGCAGCCUGAGAGCGUUCACACCAAACCUAAAACUUUGUCAGAGCCAGUCAUUGGACAUUUAAGUUUACUGAGCACGAAGCAUCGGAUCAGUUUUCCUCACUGUGUGAAGGAAGUGCGGCAGAAGAGACAGGAACCCUGGAUCUGCUGCUGAUGUAGAGGUCCGUCCCAGGAAGCUCACAGGUAGACGUUGUCAGCUGAGUGAAACCUCUCACUGAACGAUCGGAUCGGUGAGGAGCGACGAGGCCUGUCUGUGUCAUGUUUCACUCUCAGGUUUGUCAUAGUUGCUGUGAUUUAAUAUGAAGGCGUGGCCUAAUCCCGGCUUGGGAAUGUGCACGGCUCUGAAAGCUUUCCAGGUACGAAGCGUACGAGCUCUGGACUCUGAGCUGCGUGUUUGCUCUGCAGGUGGUGAAUGCCUGAAGUGUCACGUCACUUUUAAGCCUUUCUUUUCCUGCAGCACACCUGAAUCCGUCAGCCGAUCAGCUGACCGAGUCCGGCCCCGCAGCAUUCCUCGCCCACAUUCCGAGGAUGUUAUGAGCAGGAUAAGCCGCUCCCGCCCUGCGUGCUCACCCAAACACGCCGCUGUGAAUCCCGUCAGCCUGUCGGGCUGCGGCACGAUAACGUCUUCCUGUUUAUUCCCGCUGACACGCUGGUCAUCAGGCUGAAGCUCGGGCUGAGAAGGUUCCAGAUGUUCCAGAUGUUUUGCUGUCAGCCAGCUGAAGAACCUGCGCCGCACACCAACUCUGGAAUAAUAAACUGAAGUGAAAGCUUCGAGUGAGAGGCGCUUUCUGUCAGCUGUUCCUGCCCUUGGACCUGGAUGAUGUCACUGAGGAAGGACGAUGGUGUGCGCUACGAGGUGAGUCCACCGUUCCCUCUCGGUUCCCCGGGUAUCCUGACGUCGGAGAUCAGGGCGGUCGGUUACCAGCCCGCUGACUGAACUCGGCUUUCUUGAUCCAGGCACGAGGGCACUCACCUGAAAGUUGGCGGCAUCUGACCAAUCACAGUGAUAUUAGGAGAAGAAUAAAGUAUAAAACUAAGACGACUCAGAGGUCAGUGUCAGCAGCUCUGCAUCAGUGUGUGUGUUAAUAAAGUUUGAAGCCUGGACAGGAAACCAUCCAUUAUUCAUUUUAUCAAAUAAAUGUUUGUAAAGUCAGUAACCGUUAGAAACGCGGCACGUGUGUCACUCGGAGCCGCACAGACUUCAGACCUGCUGCUGUCGACGCUCUGAGGGAUCCUUAGGAACGGGGACGUUGUUUUCCUGAGAUCUGAUUGGCUGGUGGGUGGGGAUUUCAUACCUGCUGAUCGCUAAUCUGGAGCAGGUUUGGUUCACAGCAUCAGUUAAUUUUUUUAACCCCCUUCAGGUGAAGUCCUGCUUUGUGCUGCAGACCUCAGAUCCGACUCUGUUUCUAAACGUAUUCCCCUUACUUCAGCCUGCUGCUCCUGGUCACCCCACCUGGCCUGCCGUGUUUCCACUGCCCUCUAGUGACGUCUGGAAGGGGGCGGGGCUAAAGCAGCUUCUUUCACACACAGGAUGAAGCAGUAUCAGAUACAGAAGGAUUAUUCUGAACUGCGAGUCAGGCAAAGCUGCUCUGUUAGAGUCUGGAUGUGCAGUUCACUCGCCCUUUAAUACAGGAUAAAGUCUUUAUGUUUGGGGUGGUGUUCACUUCCUGUCAGGGUCAGAGGUCAGAGAGGACCUAAAUGUAAAUGUAAACCCUGUUUGUUCUCAGAGAAUCUGAGGGAUCCCUGUGAGGAGGAGGAGGAGCAGGAGGAGGAGCAGGAGGAGGACCCACAGCACUUUGUCUCCUGUGAGAGGAAAACUUCAGCCUCUGCUGCCUGAAGCUCUGCUGCAUAGACCCCACUGCGUUUCAUCAACAUGUCCUCUGAUUGGUCCUUCCCUUCAGUCUGAAGAUCUGUCAGCCAAUCAGUUUCUGUCUGGCAGACUUUGCUUCAGUGCGGCGGGGAGAGGAGCGAGCGAGGACGCUGCAGCUGGGUGAGGAUUGGAGCUGAGGGGAUCGCAGCGUUUCGGGGUUAAAGCCGUCUCCAUCAUGGAGGUGCCCAGGAGGCUCUCCUUCCCACUGGUUCUCCCUAAACCAGCCUCGUCUGCUCGGUCUCCUCGCGGAGCUGCAGGUCAGACAGCUGGAAGCAGCAAAGAUCAAACUGGAGGGGAAAAGUUCAUCUCAGAGGAGGAGACGCCUGAGUCAGGGGUGAUUGUAGUGGUGGAGGCGCCACCUGAAGAUGGAAAAGCUGCUCGGAGAUUCUCCUCUCAAGACAGUUUCUCAGAGGAGAGCUCGUUAUCAGAGGAGAGGCUGGAAGAGGAGGCCAGAGAGGCCCAGAGGAGGGCCGAGGAGGAGGAGGCAGCAGCCAAGGAGAGGGCGACCCAGAGGCAGCAGCUGGCCAUCCAGGAGCUCGUGGAGUCUGAGAGGAGCUACCUGCGCCUGCUGCAGCUCAGCACCGUGACCAUCAGGAGCAACCUGCAGCAGCAGCUACAGCCGCCUCCAGCCGGCCUGGACAGCAUGUUUCUGCACAUCGAGGAGGUGAUCGACGUAUCGAGCCGUCUCCUGAGCCUGCUGGACCAGAAGCAGCUUCAGCCUGGAGAGCCUGACUUCCUGCAGAGUCUCUGUGACUCGUUUCUCAGCCUGUCAUCAGAGAUUGAAGCCGCCUAUAAGGAGUACCUGGCGCACUACAAUCAUGUGACGGAGGUGGAGAACAGCUACAAACAGAAGGAGGCUCUGUGGAACGAGGUUGUCAGAGUCAUCAAGGCUGCGGCGCCUGACGUCAACGCCACGUCGCUGAGCUUCUUUUUGGUGAUGCCCGUGCAGCGGAUCGCCCGCUACCCCCUGCUGCUGCAGACCAUCCAGAAGCACACCGACGCCUCCCACCCGGCCUACGCCCUGCUGGAACAGACCGCUCACACCUCUGUCGCCUUAAACUGUCGCAUCAACGAAUACAAGCGCUUCCGGGAAGUCGCUGACAAAUACAGGAAGACGGAAAUGCUGACCAUCAAGGACAAGAUCGUCCGCCUCAACACCCACAGCAUCGCCAAGAAGACCGCCAGGCUCGGUCAGCAGAUCAAACACGAGGCCGGACUCAAACCUAAGCUGGUGGACGAGGAAUUUGAUGCCCUGGAAGGAUUCUUCUAUGUUUUGGAAAACGGCAUCCUGGAGCUGCUGGAGAAUGUGGAGAUGUACCUGCAGCACCUCCAGGGCUUCCUGUCCUGCCGCACGGAGGACUUUGACUUGGACAUGGACGGAGAAAAGGCACCGAUCUGCUACAAGGAGAUCACGACGGCGCUCCGACAGUGGAUCCUCCCGAUGUUUGAGAAGAGGAUGAGGAAGCUGAUCCACCAGCCGCUCUGCGCUCUCCGGGACCUCCUGGUGGGCCCGAGGAACCUAAUCAGGAAGAGACUCGACAAGCUGCUCGACUACGAGGUGAUCGAAGGAAAACCCAACCUGAGCUACGAGGAGCAGGCUGUGGCCAACACGUACAGGACGUUGAACACACUGCUCCUGACGGAGCUCCCUCAGUUUAACGGGCUGGCUCUGCAGAUGAUGUGGAGCACGUUGGGGACGUUCAGCUGUCUGCACAGAGAUCUCGCAGCAGACAUGGAGCAGCUGUUUCACAGCUUCGCUCAGCAGCUCCCUCACAGCAGCCUUUCUCCUGGUGCAUUCUGGGAGUGGGCGGAGUCUUCGGUGCUGGAAGGAGCGAGGAGGCUGCAGCAUUUAUGUCAAAUGGUGGAGGACAAGCUCAACGCGCCAGAUGCCCAGCCUCUCAGCCCGUCCUCUCAGCGCCGUCUGAAGCAGCUAACGGAUAAGCACGGCUCUGGAAAGAUCUUCCAGGUGAUGAGCACGGUCGUGGGCACCCGGGACCUGGACCUGAACCUGACUAAGGGCGAGCUGGUGGCGGUGAUCAGCGAGGCCGACAGCCGUGGAGACAGAAGGAGGUGGCUGGUCGAUGCAGGAGGGAAGCGAGGCUACGCUGCUGCCUCGAAACUCAUUCGCUAUCACCAGCCAACAGACGACCCGCCCCCUUCACCACACCCGAGCCUGACAGAAGGCGUGAACGCACGCAGAAGACACUCCUACAGCCCGGCGGGCAACGCCCCACUGCCCAUGAGUCAGCCCUGCUUCCAGGUUGUGGGCGCCUACGACUUCACGGCCAGAUCCAAACACGAAGUUUCCUUCCGGGCCGGAGAACCCGUUCGUGUCUUGGAGCCUCACGACAAACGAGGGAGCCCCGAGUGGAGCCUGGUGGAGGUCAGAGGAGGUCAGAGAGGCUACGUGCCCUCCAACUACCUGGCAAUCAUGCCCGUGGGAGCGGGGCUGCCCCCGAACCCCGGCUUCUUCCUAUAGGGGGUGGAAACUGCAGCUGGUGCCGAUGAGAGGAUGGAUGGAAGAGCCUCCCGGGAUCAGCUGUUUACAGUCUCAGUGUUAAUCCUGCCACUUUAUCCUGUUUACGACUGGAAGUGUAAAGUUUCUCCUGUGGCAUUUCCUGCUUCCAGUUCCUGUGCAGCACAGGAGCGAAGCUUCAGGAGCAGCAAAUGAAGUUUACCGACUUUAGCUUUAAUAAUGAAGGUUUACUGGUCUGCAGUGAUCUCUGCACUAACAUGCACAAUCAUCCAAGAACAGUCUUCAAAGAUGGCGUCUGUAAUGCCAUGAAGCUCUGACGGCGUGUCACCUCAAACAGCCUGAACAUUUGGACGGUGUUCGGUGUGCGGCGAGGACACAAAGCUGUUUUUAAGAUGAAGGAUGGUUUUCAUGGCUGCUGUAUGGUGAAGCGCUCAUUUCCCAUGAACCUCAGAGUGAUGCUGCAUACAUGCAGGGUGUGAACUCUCUCAAGCUAACUAACGUGUGUGUGUGUGUGUGUGUGUGAACCCUCUUCACCUGCAGCAGAGCUGACAGGUACACGGCGCUCUCAUCAUCUCAGACUGAGUAAUGUGAUGUAAAUGUGAAACGUCUCCGAGGCCGAGGAAGAACAAGACUCAGCAGGAGGAGGAGGAGGAGCUGGGAGAGGGGCGAAGGACAGCGGCAGUUUCUGCUUUGCCUAUGAGUGCAUUUAAAUUUCGUUGCACUUUGAUUCCAGAGUUUUACGUAGGAGUGAAAUGGGUCAGGACAGAAUAACCUCCUCCUGCAUUCACAUUCACCUGACGAUGCUUGUUGCUAUGGAUACGGCUCAGGCAGUGCGGGUCACGUCUGUGGCGUUUGCUCGGCCGGACUAAAGCUGCAGCAGCAUUUCUUGAUUCCCGCACUUUUGGGUCAGAAUCAUUUGAAAGCAUCUCUGAGCCUCCUGAUUGGCUCUCAGGUCAUAAACAGGAAGCUGAGCUCCAGUAGUUUUGCAGAUAACAGCAGCUUGAACGUUUGAGCACCACAGACUCUCUCCUGGCCUCCUCCUGUGGGGCUGAGCAGCCUCAGCUGCUGUGAGCGUGGAGCAGAGGGAGGGAGGCCAGGAGUCAGAGCUGCUCAGCUGUUCCCAUCAGGCUGAAUGUCAGGAGGAGGAGGAGGAGGAGGAGGAGGAGGAGGAUGCUUCUCUCCUAAAAUACCAGAUGUCCUCAGGUUAGUCAGAUGGACUGAAACCUCAGCCUGAGAACAUUUACCUGAUUUCCCCUCGUCAGAGCCCGGUUUAGGAUGAGGGGAGCGGUUCAUUCCUCAGUUAUUUUGGGAAGUUUUAAUUCCACAGACGUGCAGAUGAAGCUGCAGCGUUCCUUAUGUGGAGGAAGUAGAUAUUUGAACCCAUACACACACGGAAACCACAGAGGGAACAUUUCUGGCUUUUUCUGACUGAUUAGAAACCAGGUCAGCAUCUUCCUCGCAUGCUGUUCUCAUUUUCACCACCAGAGGGAGGCAGAGACUCGGAGCGUGUGUGCAUGAUCAGACUAACUGUGUGUGUGUUUGGUAAUCACGGCCACAGUGUGUACUUCCUGUUUUGUUUCUGUGUGGUUUCAUGAACCUGCUGCUCAGUCGGUCCUGCUGAGUCAUUCUGAUGUUUCCUCGAUGCUGCAGAGCUGUGUGACCUCUGCUGAGCAGGUGGGAGGCUGAGCAGCAGCAGAGAGUGUGGCUUCAAUAAAACUAAACUCAAAACUU